GUGUCUGGAAUUGAAACUGCAACAUUUCCAAGCUCCUGGCACCUACCCUUUUACCUUCAGUUUCCAUGAUUUUGACUACUCCAGAUAUCUCAUAUAAGUGAAAUUGUACAAGGGGCUGCUGGUCAACCUCGGCAAGGUGGUGCCCGUGUGAGGACCAAGGAACGCAAGGAGAGGCGGCGGAACCCUCAAAAACGAAGAGGAAGGAAACGAAAGUAACUGCCCACUUGUAACAGCUAAGCUGCUAAAGGCAGGAAGAACUCUGAGCCUGAGCAGUGGAGGCCCCUCUGGAUCUGGAGAGAAGAGGCAACCUUGGAACCAGUAAUGAGUUAUCCUGACGGCAGGCUGAACCUGGGGACUCUCAGAGGUGUGUCCUCUGUGGUUGGCCCACAUGGUGUUGGUGCUUCGCCAAGUGACAAAAAGUCAAAGAACAAGUUCAUACGAGGGAAGAAAAAGAGCAUAUUUGAAAAUUACAUGUCCAAGGAGGAUGUUUCAGAAGGCUUGAAGAGAGGAACACUUAUCCAGGGUGUAUUGAGAAUUAAUCCAAAGAAGUUUCAUGAAGCCUUCAUUCCUUCCCCGGAUGGUGAUAGAGACAUUUUUAUUGAUGGGAUUGUUGCUCGUAAUAGAGCCUUGAAUGGGGAUCUGGUGGUCGUGAAGCUGCUUCCAGAAGAGCAGUGGAAGGUAAUUAAACCAGAGAGCAGUGACAAAGAAACAGAAGGUGCCUAUGAAUCAGAUCUCCCUGAGGAAAUCUGUGGAAGCCAUCUUCUGCAACAGUCCCUGAAAGGCCAUAAUGACAGUCCUGAUGUCAUUAUAGAGGCUCAGUUUGAUGACAGCGACUCAGAAGAUAGACAUGGCAACACACAAAAUGUUCUGGUUGAUGGUAUUAAGAAACUCUCAGUUUGUGUUCAUGAAAAAGGAGAAGAGGAUGCUGGUGCACCAAGUGCAAAAGAUGAGAGCACUUCCGUGGCACAGGACACAAGCGCUUUACCAGAGAGGUCGCUGCAAAGAUCAGCAAAGGUGGUUUACAUCGUGGAGAAAAAGCAUUCCCGAGCAGCAACUGGCUUCCUCAAACUUCUGGCUGAUAAGAACAGUGAACUAUUCAGGAAAUAUGCCCUGUUUUCUCCCUCAGAUCACCGAGUGCCUAGAAUAUACGUGCCUCUCAAGGACUGUCCCCAAGACUUUGUGACCCGACCUAAAGAUUAUGCCAAUACACUGUUCAUUUGCCGCAUUGUCGACUGGAAGGAGGACAGCAAUUUUGCCUUAGGGCAGCUGGCUAAGAGUCUUGGGCAGGCUGGUGAAAUUGAGCCUGAAACAGAAGGAAUACUAACAGAGUAUGGUGUGGAUUUCUCUGAUUUCUCUUCAGAAGUUUUAGAAUGUCUUCCUCAAGACCUGCCCUGGACAAUACCACCAGAGGAAUUCAGCAAGAGAAGAGAUUUAAGAAAAGACUGUAUCUUCACCAUUGACCCAUCAACUGCCCGAGACCUUGAUGACGCCCUCUCCUGCAAGCUACUUGCUGACGGCAGCACCUAUGAAGUGGGAGUUCACAUUGCCGACGUCAGUUACUUUGUCCCUGAGGGCUCUGAAUUGGAUCAAGUGGCUGCUCAGAGAGCUACAAGUGUCUACUUGGUUCAGAAGGUGAUCCCCAUGCUUCCCAGGGCAUUGUGUGAGGAACUCUGCAGCCUCAAUCCCAUGACCGACAAACUGACCUUCUCUGUGAUCUGGACGCUGACUUCGGAGGGCAAGAUCCUUAGUGAGUGGUUUGGCCGGACCAUCAUCUGCUCCUGCACCAAACUGAGCUACGAGCACGCACAGAGCAUGAUUGAGAGCCCGACUACGACAAUCCCUGAGCAGGAGCUACCCCCCAUCUCCCCAGAGCACACCAGUGAGGAGGUACACCAGGCUGUCUUGAAUCUUCACCGGAUUGCGAAGGAGUUACGCAAACAGCGGUUUUUGGACGGCGCACUGCGUUUGGAUCAGCUGAAGCUUGCUUUCACUCUGGACCAUGAGACUGGAUUGCCUCAAGGAUGUCACAUUUAUGAGUACCGCGACAGCAACAAGCUCGUGGAGGAGUUCAUGCUCUUGGCCAAUAUGGCAGUGGCCCACAAAAUCUACCGCGCCUUCCCCGAGAGGGCGCUGCUGCGCCGGCACCCCCCACCCCAAACCAAGAUGCUCAAUGACCUGGAGGAAUUCUGUGACCAGAUGGGGCUGCCCAUGGACUUCACCUCCUCUGGGGCCCUCAAUAAAAGUCUGACCGAAAUAUUUGGAGAUGACAAGUACUCACUGGCCCGGAAGGAGGUGCUCACCAGCAUGUGCUCCCGGCCCAUGCAGAUGGCGCUGUACUUCUGCUCGGGGAUGCUGCGGGACCGGGAGCAGUUCCGGCACUAUGCCCUCAACGUGCCACUCUACACACACUUUACCUCGCCCAUCCGCCGCUUUGCAGACGUCAUGGUGCACCGUCUCCUGGCCGCUACACUCGGCUACAGGGAGCUGCCAGAUAUGGAACCCAGUGUCCUGCAGAAGCAGGCCGACCACUGCAAUGACCGCCGCAUGGCAUCCAAGCGUGUGCAUGAGCUCAGCACCAGCCUCUUUUUUGCCAUCUUGGUCAAGGAGAGUGGCCCCUUAGAGUCGGAAGCUAUGGUGCUGGGCGUCCUGAACCAAGCCUUCGAUGUGCUGGUACUACGCUACGGGGUGCACAAGCGCAUCUACUGCAAUGCCCUGCCCCUGCGGUCCCACCACUUCCGGAGGGUGGGCAAGAAGCCGGUGCUGACGCUUGUCUGGGAUCCUGAGGACAUGGAGCAGGAACCAGUGCAGCAGGUCAUCACCAUCUUCAGCCUGGUGGAGGUGGUGCUGCGGGCAGAGGCUGCCGCCCUCAAGUACAGCGCCAUCCUGAAGCGGCCGGGCACCGAGGACCUCUUGGGCCAGCAGGACAAGGAGGAGUGUGACAGUGACCAUGACCAUGAGCAGGAGGACUGAAGCCACCACCCUACCUGCCUACCCCACCCACUGGCUUUUAGGAAUAGGACCUUUUGACACCAAAGGGGAUUUUUAAUUUGGUUUUUAACAUCUCAGGGUUUUGUUUUUAUUUUUUCAUUCUAUUUUACUUUUGCAGCUCAGUUUUUAAAUGAACUGGAGGGAAGAGGGUGGGGCUGGAUGGGCCAGUGCUUAUCAGAGCCGAGUGGUACCGCCCUCCUGGGAGGCCAGCCCCCCUUCUGCCAGGCCACCCACUGCCUUCCCCUGCCCAGGAAACGGGGUUUUCAGCAAAUCAGUGUCAUGGAAUAAAAUCAGGUGUGAAGUGCA